UCUUUUUUCAAAAAAAAUAAACACUUUAUCAUUCUUAUUGCCUUUUGUCUCUAAAUCUUUCACUCUUUGUUUUUUCAACUUUCUUCACUCUUCUCCGCUUACCACCACCCGAUCUCUGCUUAUAAUGGGUGAUAAUCAGAAAUCUGAUCCAGGUGGCACCACCGUCUUCAGUAGCGACUCCAGCUGGACACUGGCUGAAACUGACACGGACAGCGUUAAUUACUUGUUCACCACAGAUAGAGACUCUUGUAUUCUCAGCGAAUUUGGCUGGAAUCUUAAUCCUCAGAAUACACGCUCUGUGGCUGAUGAGAGAUCCGAUUUCGCGGGAAACGACCUCGGGUAUACUUUGCCGGAGACUGCUAGUAGCGCCGACUUACAUGCUGGUCCGAUAAAUCCGGUAGCGUCUGCUGACGUGUCGACGUCCAAUCCAUCUGUGUCAUCGAGCUCCAGCGAGGAUCAGACGACGGAGAAGUCUACGGGCUCCGGCGUUAAACCGCCAGAGAUACCGAAUAAGGUGAGAAAGAAAGGACAAAAGCGAAUUCGGCAGCCACGGUUUGCAUUUAUGACUAAGAGCGAAGUGGAUCAUCUGGAAGAUGGCUAUAGAUGGCGGAAAUAUGGACAGAAAGCUGUUAAAAAUAGUCCAUUCCCCAGGAGCUAUUAUCGUUGUACAAAUUGUAAAUGCACUGUGAAGAAGAGGGUAGAACGCUCCUCCGAUGAUCCCACUAUUGUAAUUACAACUUAUGAAGGUCAACACUGUCAUCAUACAGUUGGAUUCCCUCGUGGUGGAGUCAUUAAUCAUGAAGCUGGCUUUGCUGCCCAUUUGACUCCUGCAUUCUCACCUUAUUAUUAUCCGGCAGUUCAGAAUCAGAUGCCACAUGAAAGGCCCAGUAUUGUACGGUCCCAUCAAGAUGAAGCAGGAGAACCGCCUGCCUUCCCAGACCCAACCCCACAGCUGCCCACUGAUGAAGGACUGCUUGGGGAUAUUGUGCCUCCUGGAAUGCGUAAUAGAUGAGACAGAAAACAAUGGUACAGGGAUGAGUGGUAGAGAAGGGAGAAAAAAAAAAUAUCUUACCUUGUUAGCAGGAGCGUGCCCAUGUUGCUAUCGAUUUUGAAACUGGAAACCCUCCUCUUUAUUGAUAUAAGUACCAGUUUGGUUUCGAGGUUGGCCUCUGGGAUGGGAAGAGAGACAUGUUAUUUGAUGAUAAUAUAUGUAAAUAUUGAAGAUAGCUUUGGAAAGCUGUAACAUAAUUGGUGUAGCCAGUUUGAUUAAAUUCUAGAAUGAGCAGAUUAUUGGAAGAUUACUACUAACUUUGUUAUGAUUCUUAUAACUAAUUAUUUUUAAUCGAUUUGAAAGGAAUCCAGAUCCUAGAUA